AUGACGUGUCGAUGUAAAGCGCAGUUUUGCUAUAUCUGCGGUGCAGUGUGGGAUCCCGUAGUCGGCUGUCCCAACUUUUGCAAUGGCGAAGAAGAGCUCGAGCGGCGAAGAGUAGAGGAAGCAGCCCGAGAAGCUGAACAGGAAGCUGAAAAGGCAGCAUCAGAGGCAGCAGCCAUCGCCGAGGAGCUCGACAGGAUAGAGGCCACGGAGAGAACCCACGAGAGCGAGGAGUUCAAGGCCUUGCGGGAAGAACAAGAAGACGAGAUGCAGAGAUUCAGAGCUUUCGAAAGGAAAACGAAAUGGCUCAUGUGGGCACGGCAUACCGAGAAAAAGCUACUCCUUGUCAAUCGACAUAACAAUCAAGCCGAGAAGAUGAAGGAGAGGCAUACGAAAACCACUCAGCAACUCGAAGAUCGGCAAAUUGCAGCAGAAAUGGAAUUAAGGACGACUUUAGAGCAGAGCGAGAAGAGUGUCCGCAUUCGUCUGAGGCACAUGGAGGCCUAUUGUGACGGUCUAGGCCGACAUCCGGAUGGGGACCGGCCAGCCAGAGUUGUUACAGAACGCGAUCUUCGGGAGUUGGGCCAGCAGUACAACCUCCGAGACAACAUGGAACGACUAAAUCAGGCGAAGAUCAACGUUAUGAGAGAUCGACAAGCCCAGGCCAUGGAAGAGCUACUGGAGCGACAAGAAGACGAGCUCCAGAGGCUCGAGGCUAAGCGGGACGAGGAUAUUGAGAACCUUGCCACAGAAUUUGCCAAUGAGGAAGACGUGUUGUUGCGAGUCUUCAAAGAUAGGAAGAACAAGCUCCAGAGGCGAUGGCGCUUGGCCAUUGACAUUCUGCGAGUUGAAUUGGAGAAAAAGAAUGGAGUAAGAUAUGGAGAGAUGGCAACCCCUGAGUGGCCGAUUGACACGCCGGAUCCCCAGGAGGAAAGCCUGGCCCCGGUAGAAGAAUGA